AUGCCGUUCUUCAAUCCGUUCAAAAAGCACAACCACAAGAGCUUUCCCGGGAUUGUAAUCCCCCUCGCCAGUGCCCCCGCGCAUGCGCACCCUGACUCUGAAAAGAAAACCGGCCCCGAUGAAACCACUGAUGCUUCCAGUCUCGACAAAGCCCCUUCCCAGGAAAAUGGUUCUGCUUCUAUUCCCGAGUCGAGUAAUUUGACUCUGGAGGCGCUUCGCGCCGAGGUUGAGUCUGAUAUUGGCGCCUCUGGCCAUGAUUCCGCCUAUGACCGUAAAUCAAAGCUCAUCAACCGAGCCAUCCAGGAUAUCGGUAUGGGCCGUUAUCAGUGGGAAUUGUUCGUUCUUUGUGGAUUUGGAUGGUUGGCCGACAAUCUUUGGUUGCAGGGAGUUGCCUUGACAUUAACACCGCUCUCGUCUGAGUUUGGCAUUUCUGCGACCCAUGUUCGUUUCACUACUUGCGCGUUGUUCCUGGGCCUUUGCCUAGGUGCAUCGUUCUGGGGUGUGGCAUCAGAUAUCAUUGGACGUCGCCCAGCCUUCAACAUAACCCUGUUUCUCUGUGGUGCUUUUGGCUUGGCCGCCGCCGGUGGCCCUACCUGGGUUGGCGUUUGUGGCUUGUUUGCCUGCAUGGGUCUGGGUGUUGGUGGUAACCUGCCCGUUGACGGUGCUCUCUUUUUGGAAUUCCUGCCAUUCGCCUCCGGGAACCUCCUGACCAUGCUGAGUGUGUGGUGGCCCAUUGGUCAGCUCAUUGCCAGUCUUCUGGCUUGGGCUUUUAUUCCCACCUACACCUGCGCCGAUGACCUGCCUUCCUGCCUCAAAGUCGGAGACGGCGUCGAGUGCUGCAGCAAGUCGAACAACAUGGGCUGGAGAUACCUGGUGCUCACCAUGGGCGCCUUGACCAUUGUCAUGUUCAUCUGCCGCUUCUUCCUGUUCCACCUCUACGAGUCUCCCAAGUUCCUGCUCUCGCGUGGCCGCCAGGAGGAAGCCGUUGCCGCCGUGUACGGAAUCGCCCAUAAGAACAAGGCCAAGACCUGGCUUACCGUCGAGAUCCUCAAUGAGAUCGGCGGCUAUCCCGAGGAGAACGCGCCGCAGACCUUCAGCAACAAGCAGAUUGUCGAGAGAUACAUGUCCAAGUUUUCUCUGCAGCGCAUCCGCCCCUUGUUCGCAACCAAGAAGCUUGGCUUCACCACUGUCAUCCUCUGGUUCUGCUGGGCCACCAUCGGCAUGGGCUACCCUCUCUUCAACGCCUUCCUGCCCCAAUAUCUCAAGAACGCCGGCGGUGCAACCGAAACAUCUACCUACGUGACCUACCGCAACUACGCCAUCACCUCCAUCGUCGGCCUGCCGGGCUCCAUCCUGGCCUGCUACACCGUUGAGAUCAAGUACAUCGGCCGCAAGGGUACCAUGGUCAUCUCCACCCUCAUCACCGCCGUUCUCCUCUUCUGCUUCACCACGACCACCGACUCCAAUAUCCAGCUCGUCUGCUCCUGCCUCGAGGCCUUCUUCCAGAACAUCAUGUACGGCGUCCUCUUCGCCUACACCCCGGAGGUCUUCCCCGCCCCGAGCCGCGGCACGGGAUCCGGGAUCGCAAGCUGCUUGAACCGUAUCGCGGGUCUCUGUGCGCCCCUGGUCGCCAUCUACGGCGGUGACGCGAACCCCAAUGCCCCCAUUUAUGCAUCGGGCGGCUUGAUCCUCGCGUCCUUUGUGGCGAUGUGUCUCCUCCCCAUUGAGACGAGGGGAAAGCAGUCGCUAUAA